AUGGCAGGUCUCGUCACGGCGUCGUGGUACGCGCCGUCCGAGGCGUUGACCUCGUCAACGGGACCCACGCCGGUCAACGUUGACCUCGUCGCCUCGUCGGACCUCUCGGCUUCGUCCGUCGCUUCGACGCUUUCCAGCUCCGGCGACUUUGCCGCUAAAUCCGCGAAACCGGUGCCGGCUGCAGUCCCCGCACCUCCCGCUCCCCGCGCCGCUGCUACGCCCAUUGCCCCGCGCGCGUGCCGUCGGCCGGUCGUGCUGAGCGCGUACGACGGCGUGCUCGACCCCGACCUGUUCGAGGCAACCGGCGAGUUGGGGCGCGGCGGGUUCGGCACAGUGGUGGCGAUGCGGCGGGUGGAGAGCGGCGAGGUAGUGGCGGUGAAGCGCGUGGCGCGCAAACAGCUGGUGGCGGCGUCGAACGAGGCGAUGCUGUCGGCGUCGCUGAGCGAGUGCCCGGGCGUGCUGGGCGUGCGCGAGGUGCAUCUCGCCGACCACCACGCGUACAUGCUCUCCGAUGUCUGCCACGGCGGCGACCUCCGCGCCCUGCUGCAGCGACGCAAGGCUGCCGCCAGCGACAACGCGGGGGACGCGGGGAGAGGCAAGGGGAGGCGGUGGUGGGGGAAGGCGAGCGGGGAAGGCGCGCGGGGAGCGGGAAUGGCGGAGGCGGAGGCGCUGGAAGUGGUGAAGCACGUGGGCGACGCCGUGGCGUUCUGCCACGAGCGAGGCGUGGUGCACUGCGACAUCAAGCCCGACAACAUCCUCUUCGCCCACCCCACGCCCCACUCUAACCCCCUGCCUCUCUCCGCCGUCGCUGCUCCUGCUGCGCCUGCGCGCGCCUCUCCUGCUGCCCCCCGCCUGGCCGCGGGGGCAGUGCGGCUGGCGGACUUUGGGCUGGCGCAGGUGGUGGGGGAGGGGCAGCGCGGGUGCACCAUUCCCGCAGGCACGCCCGGGUACGUGGCGCCUGAGGUGGAGGCUCUCUGCCGCCCUCGCUGCCCGCCCGCCCCGCGCGCCGCCAAGCGCGCCAGAAAAGCAGCGGGGAGAGCGGAGGUAGGAAGCGCAGAGGCAGUGGGGUAUGGGCGCGCAGCUGACGUGUGGUCGCUGGGGGUGACGCUGUACGAAAUGAUUGCGGGCGAGCGACCUUACUCAGGGGAGGCGCCUCAGCAGGGCGAGUGGCGGGCGCCAGUGGAGGGGGCUGCGUGGGAGGGCGUGUCUGAGGAAUGCCGCGCGCUGGUGAGCGGCAUGCUGAGAGUGCGCGUGGAGGAGAGGCUCACCAUGGCGCACGUGUGCAACCACCCCGCCAUGAUCCGCGCCUUCGGGGGCAGCGGGGGGAGCAGCGCGGGGAAGAGCACGAGUGGGCGGUGGUGGUGA